AAAUUAUCGUAAGAAUCCUUUGGACUUUACUACCUUAGAUUAUUUUCACUUAUUACCAAGACAACAACCUCUUAGGUUUUACUGAUAUCCACUGAACUAAAAGAAAAAAAACCUGUUAUGAAAGAGUACGACGUGAUUGUUAUUGGUGCCGGUGUCAUUGGGCCAUCCAUAGCCACUGCCUUUGCUAGACAAGGAAGACGGGUCCUUAUUGUCGAACGUGACUGGUCCAAGCCCGACAGAAUCGUGGGUGAAUUAAUGCAACCAGGUGGGAUCAAAGCCCUUCGUGAGUUGGGAAUGAUCCAGGCUAUAAAUAACAUUGAAGCUAUUGACUGUACCGGAUACUAUGUCAAGUUUGGCAACGAAGCUGUCGAGAUUCCCUACCCUUACAAGUCUGUGGCUAAUACCACCAACCCAGUGGUUCCUAUUUGGGAUGUAGUCCAUGGUGAUAAUGAUCGGUUGUUGGAUGACACCACCAUCAGCACCAAGACCUGGGAGGAGGAUGAACGUGUCCGUGGAUGUGCAUUCCACCAUGGUGAUUUCAUCAUGAAUUUGAGAAAUAUAGUCCGAGCAGAACCUAACGUUGACUGGUUAGAAGCUACCGUGACGAAGAUCCUUCGUGAUCCUGAAGAUCCCGAUAUCGUCAUUGGGGUAAAGGCCAAGGGUAAAGAUGGAGAAUUACAAGACCAUCAUGCCAAGUUGACGAUUUCGUGUGACGGUAUUUACUCCAAGUUUAGAAAAGAAUUAAGUCCUACGAAUGUCCCCGUGAUUGGUUCCUACUUUAUCGGUUUACAUUUGAAAGAUGCCGUGUUACCAUCUAAAAACAAGGGCCAUGUCUUGUUGGGUGACCAUGCUCCAGUUUUGAUUUAUCAAAUCUCUCCUCAUGAAACCAGAAUGUUGUGUGCUUACAAGUCAACAAAACCUCCAUCUUCUUCCAACAACGAAGUUUACGAAUAUUUACGCAGGGAAGUGUUGCCCGUCGUUCCUAAGGAAACGUUGCCUUCAUUUAAGAAGGCUCUUGAACUGAAGGUCUACCGAAUCAUGCCUAACCAAUACUUGCCCGCUAUGAAACAAGGCCGGGCCAACAACCAAGGUUUUAUCCUUUUGGGUGACUCCUUGAACAUGAGACACCCCUUGACUGGAGGUGGUAUGACUGUUGGUUUAAACGAUGCCGUAUUGCUCGCUAAAUUAUUACAUCCAAAGUACGUUGAAGACUUGCAAGAUUACGAAUUCAUGACCCAGAGAUUGGACAAGUUCCAUAGAAAGAGAAAGAACUUGGAUGCCGUGAUAAAUACUCUUUCCAUUGCCUUGUACUCUUUGUUUGCUGCUGAUAAACGAGCCCUCAAGAUUUUACAAAUUGGAUGUUUCAAGUACUUUGAACGUGGUGGAGAAUGUGUUGAUGGUCCAAUUGGGUUGUUGAGUGGUAUGUUGCCCUUCCCUAUGUUGUUGUUUAAUCAUUUCUUUAGUGUAGCUUUCUAUUCCAUCUAUGUUAACUUCAGACAUCAUGGUUUGGUUGGGUUCCCUAUUGCCUUGAUAGAAGCUUUUCAAACUAUAUUUACUGCCAUUGUUAUAUUCACACCUUACUUAUGGAAUGAAUUGGCUGCAUAAGAAUUUUAUGAAACACUUGAUAUUUUAUAUAGAUAAGUUUUGUAUGUACAAUAGAAUCAAUCAUUACAUGUUGUAUAACACUGUUGUAACAGCCAAUGGUAACAAAAUUUCUUUUGCAAUUAUUAGGCCACCACAUGGUAGCACAACAUUAAAUAUCCUAAAACGGGAAAGAAUAGCCCUUAACAAUCGUCGUAUUUUAAGCCCAGCCAAGCCUAGUCCUCUAAGCCAAAUAAGGACUUCUCUCACUGAUUUUUUAGAUCAGCUAAGGAAAUGAAAAUGAACCAUUGCAAUG